CCCAACAUGGCGUCACCCUCCUCGAAACGAAGAAAACUCCAACACAGCGAGAGCGAUGACGCACGAGAUCUAGCUGGACUGCCACGUCGCUCCGGAAAAGGUGUCCCCACGCGCAAGGAUAAUGGGGAACUUUGCGACAUGAGAGACGGCGAUCUCUCAGUCGAUGAGGACGUCUCUAGCGAAGCGGGCUCGUCAAAAGCUGAAGAAGAGAUGACCGAUUCAGAAAAGGCUGCGCCUGGAAGCAACACCUCUUUCGCGAACAACGUAGAACAGAAGAAACAGCCUGUCAAGCGGCCAGCGACCGAAUCUGCUGAAAGCGUGUACACCGCAGAGGUGUACAGAUCGAACAUGUUUAAGCUUCAAGUCGAUGAGCUUCUGGACCAAAUUCGACCCAAUUAUGGGAAAAAGGAAGUCGAAUCAGCAAUGCGCGCGCUUAAGGAACACAUUGAGCAAAUACCAUCUCGUCCACCUUUGCCGUUUUAUGAAGCUCAGAAAGCUCUGAAGGGUGAGGGUAUCACCGUACCCUUCCCCCAACCUCUUCCACCCGCGGACGUAAAAUACAAACUCCAAUACGACCGGCCCGCAAAUAUCAACGCUACUGGCAGUUAUCCCCUCAAAAUAGCUAUUCGAACAGAUGACUGCGCUGUCAUUGACAUGGUUGUCACGAUGCCACGGACAAUAUUCCAAGACAAGGAUUAUCUGAACCAUCGAUAUUUCUACAAACGCGCGUUCUACUUGGCUUGCGUGGCAGCUGGAUUACGGUCAUCGGCACGAAAUAAGUACAAGCUCUCCUUUGACUUGAUGCAUGGCAAUCAAUUGCAGCCUGUGCUUCUUGUCAAACCUAGCGGCGACGGCAGUUCCGCAGACUUCACGAAGUCUAAGUGCUGGAUCCGCAUAAUAUUAGCUCUCCCUGAAAAUGCGUUCCCGCAGACUCGCCUUCUGCCAACAUCAAGUUGUAUUCGUUUACAUCCACAUAGCGACAGCUCAGAGGACAACGAUCGGCUAACAUCUUCUCCUGCCACGCCAUUCUACAAUGCAACAAUUCAAGCCGAUGCAUCAGUAACGCAGUAUCUUAAACUACUCCAUGUCACGACCGCAAAGGUUGAAACCUUCAGGGACGCUUGCAUGCUUGGACGCGUCUGGCUGAAGCAACGUGGGUUCGGGAGUCAACUUUUCAGAGGAGGUUUUGGCAACUUUGAAUGGAGUAUCAUUGUUGCUCUCCUCCUUCAACCAACUUCCGGUACAGGAGCUUUCCGUUUGUCUUCCGGCUACAGCAGUUAUCAGUUGUUCAAGGCGACCCUACAGUUUAUUGCUAGACACAACCUGACCAAAACCCCAUUCCUGCUCUCAUCGAACAACGUCUCAAACCCAAAGGGAGAUUCCACGCCGCUUCUCUUCGAUGGCUCUCGGAAUCUGAACAUACUGUACAAGAUGACGAAAUGGGCCUAUUAUCAAUUGCAACAUGAAGCAAAGACUACAGUUGACAUGCUCUCCGACCCAAUCGCCGAUCACUUCGAAUCAACUUUUAUCACGAAGACGAACAUACUGGAAUAUCGCUUCGACGCUUUUAUCGAAAUCCCACUAUAUGCUAUCGCGCCCGAUACAGACAACAAUGAACAACAUGCGGCUUUAAUCGACGGCUGUUCAAAAGUCUAUGAUUUACUCCAGCGUGCGCUCACUGAUCGAGUAUCUCUCAUUUCAUUCUCCAUUCCCACCACAAGUGACUGGAGUGUGAAGGCAACAAGACCUUCUCUCGACAAGGAAAGGAAUGUUUUAGUCUCCCUUGCUAUCGAUCCGAGCAACGCCUAUCGAUCAGUUGACCACGGGCCACCAGCCGAGGACAAAAAGGCAGCUGCGUCAUUCCGUCAAUUCUGGGGGGAGAAGGCUGAACUAAGGCGUUUCAAGGACGGCAGCAUUCUUGAAAGCGUAGUAUGGCCGGUGUCGAACAACUCCUCCAUACUAGAACAAAUCAUUCGCCAUGUACUCGACAGACAUUUGAACCCCCAGGCCGGUACAAAGGCUACGUUCACUAGUGACCCGCUCGCCCAUCUACUUCCAUCCGGAUCUGUUCAAGGUCAAUCGAAUCUAUCUGCAUUUUCCUCUCGUAUGAAUGCGUUGGCAGCACUUGAAAAAGAUAUCCGCGGCUUAGAAGGGUUGCCGCUGCAGGUCCGAACAAUCAGUGCCGCUGACCCUUUGCUGCGAUAUUCAGAUGUAGAUAUGGACGUCAAACAUAUUCCUGCCUCUAUGGUUCUACAAUUCGAAGGGUCUGCUCAAUGGCCCGAUGAUCUGUGUGCGAUUCAACGCACAAAAAUUGCCUUCCUUUUGAAGCUAGCUGAUCUGCUAGACGCUCACGGCAACGGUGAAAGUGCUCGCCUAGGGUUAGAGAACCCCUCCCACCCGGAUCUCAAUCAGGGAUUCUUGGACAUUUUCGUGCCUCCCGGUUUCACGUUUCGUCUCCGAAUUUAUCAUGACCGUGAAGCUACAUUGCUCGGGCGCCAACUCAAGGACAAGUUACUGGAUUCUCCGUCACGCGAAGCUGCAGCGGCAGCUCUCUCAAUCUACAAACAUGACUAUAUCCACGUACCUGCCCAUACUCAAAUGCUUCAAAAACUCUGCACACGAUUUCCGGCUCUGUCACCCUCGAUACGAAUGACCAAGCGUUGGUUCGCUGCUCACCUUCUCUCGCCUCAUUUUGCCCCCGAACUCAUUGAGCUCCUCGUUGUCCGAACAUUUCUUCAACACCAUCCUUGGCCUGUUCCCGCUUGUGCGACAGUAGGCUUUUUGAGGACACUAAUGUUCAUCAGUCGGUGGGAUUGGCGCCAUGUCCCUCUUAUUGUUGACUUUUCGGCCGGCACAAGUGAGCCGAUUGGAAUGUCUGAUAAUUUACAGGCCAGAACGUUCACAACGGAAGACGUCGAGCAAAUUCAGACCCGUUUUGAGGCAUGGCGAAGGAUUGAUCCUGCCAUGAAUCGCGUUGCGCUUUUCGCCGCCACAAACUUGGACAGUGAAGGGACAACAUGGACUGAUAAGUCCAAGCCUGAGAAGGUCGUAGCUGCAAGAAUGACAGCACUCGCAAAAGCGGCCACCAGCUCUACGCGAGCACAAGAGGAAAAGCUUCUUGCAGGCGUAACUGGUAAGCAGGCUAGAGUUGAUGCGGGCAUUGAAUCUACCCCAGAUCAUCUCUUUGCCCCUGAGUUGCGUGACUAUGAUGUAGUCAUUCAUCUCUCGUCAAAAUAUUCAACAAAGGGGAAAAGAAAACAAACCGCAACGUUCAAAAAUCUCCAGCUCCAGCAAGGCGAUAUGGGAGCGAAAGAGUUACAGAAUAUCGGGUUUGAUCCUGUGCAUCUUUUCACCAAUGAUUUGAAAGAGAUAUAUGGCAACACUGUCAUCUGGUUUUGGGACCCACAUGCAUUGAAUGUAAUAUGUGGUCUGUUUAAUCCAACAGUCGCUGGCCAACGUGCUUGGAAAGUCAAAGCCGAUUGGAACAGCCUGCCAUCUACGACGAAUAACGCCAAGUCUGAUGGUGCAAACUUGACAGACGGGAAUGGCACGAGUAUUGACGUUAACAAAGGUGCCAUAUAUAACGAGAUCAGACGUCUGGGAGGAGAGAUGAUACGAAGUAUUGAGAUCAAAGCGUGAUCAAUAAUAAGAUCAAGAG